AUGGGUCGCAAGCUCGGCCUCUUCCGCGCCACAUACUUGGCGUCUGCCAGCUGUAUGGGCUCUUUUGCAUUCGCAUUUGACACGGGUGUUAUUAGUGGUGUCCUCACAUUGCCAUCCUUUCAGCGUGACUUCCGAUAUAGUACUUCGCAGAAAACGACAGUCAACUCCAACGCGGUGUCAAUUCUUCAGGCUGGGGCAUUUUUCGGAUGCUUCUUCACAAUGCCUAUAGCCUCGAAGCUGGGCCGCCGCUCUGGACUCAUUCUGAGCUCACUUGUGUUCACCGUAGGGACCAUCUUACAGAUUAUUAAUGCCCAUACCCUGGGAACUUUCUACGCUGGCAGAGUGAUUGCCGGACUUGGUAUCGGCGCCGCCACUACGUUGAUACCUAUGUAUGCAGCAGAAAUGGCCCCUAAAGAGAUUCGAGGAAGACUCGGGGCCUGUUUCCAAUUGUUCUUUGCCACGGGAGUUAUGGUCGCAUAUUGGGUUACUUACGCUGUAUCGAAGGACCAGCCAGAUGCCACGAAGCAAUGGCAGAUUGCGUUGGGGCUGCAAUUACUGCCGUCCACAUUGCUUCUACUCGGCAUGUGCACAGUUAAAGAGAGUGCUCGGUGGCUUGCCGCAAAGGGUAAGAAAGAUAAAGCAUGGGAGUCGUUGAAAUGGGUUCGUGGAGGUGAAGAAACUGAGGAGCUCCAGAAGGAAUUUGAUGAAAUCAUUGCGGGGAUCGAGGAAGAGGCUCGUGUCAAGGAGAAUUUCACCAUCCGCGAGCUUCUUCUGCCAGUGAAUCGUUAUCGCAUUUUCAUUGCUUUUACAAUUCAGCUAUGCGCCCAGUUAACGGGAAACACAUCGCUCGCUUACUAUGCCAAUCAGAUCUUCGAAGCCGUGGGAGCGGAGGGCGAAGCUAAAUUAGUGACCGGCUUUUUUGGCGUGGUCAAGGUAGUCGGAGUCUCUAUUUUCCAACUGUUUGUUCUGGACCGUGUUGGAAGACGAGUUCCAUUCAUGGUUGGAGCAUUCGCAAUGGGUUCGUUUAUGCUCAUCAUUGCAUGUGUUCUGGCGACCCAUCCCACACAAUCGGGCGGGUCCAACUCUUCGCCAACGAAAGCGGGGAUCGCCAUGAUUAUCAUGACCUAUGCGGAGGCCUUUAGUUUCAAUAUGUCCUGGGGGCCUCUCCCGUGGUUGUAUGUGGGUGAGAUCUUCUCUAGUCGCACACGAGAAGUGGGAGUAGCCGUCGGUGCUGCGUCGCAGUGGUUGUUCAACUUUAUGAUGUCGCAGAUAACGCCACACGCCAUCACCAACAUCGGUUGGAGAAUGUUCCUGAUGUUUGCGAUUUUCAACUAUGCGAUCAUAGUAUAUUCAUGGUUCUUCCUGAAAGAGACAUCCAACCAUUCAUUGGAAGAAAUGCAAGCAGUCUUUGGGGGAGGUGACCCCCCAAAGGAGGCCAGUCUCGCUGGAGAGAAGGGCGAAAUUGACGCCACGGUGCGACCAUGA